AUGAUUGAGCCAUCCCUCAAGGCGUUGGCCUCCAAGUUCAACUGCGACAAGAUGAUCUGUCGCAAGUGUUAUGCCCGGCUUCCUCCCCGUGCCACCAACUGCAGAAAGAGGAAAUGCGGCCACACCAACCAGCUCCGCCCCAAGAAGAAGCUGAAGUAA